AUGGACACGAAUCAAAUACCAGCUAAUGAUAUUAACAGUACAUCACAAUUGCUAAACGCCAUAAAUUAUGUCCCAAAAGUCAGCGAUCAGAGUACAGCCGGCAUAAUUGUUAUAGGGGAUGAGAUUCUUAAGGGUCAAACUUUAGACACAAACUCCAACUUCAUUUGCAAGAAGCUGUUUUCUCUGGGAGUGAAAGUUCAAAAGAUUUCUGUGAUAUGUGAUGAUGUGGAUAUCAUAGCAGAAGAGGUGACACAGUUUUCCCAAAAAUUUACUCACGUCAUUACCUCUGGAGGUAUAGGACCCACACAUGAUGAUAUGACAUUUGAGGGUGUGGCUAAAGCAUUUGGACUGCAAACACAGCACCACCCCAAACUUGUUGAGUUGAUCACAGACUGGUUUCAUAUAUCAGACUUGAAUUCAGCAGAAAUGAAGAUGGCAAAAAUUCCUGAAGGUGCAAAGCUCAGCUUUGGAAUUGAUCCUAAAACCAAGCAGGAAUCCAAAUACCCUCUGGUAUCAGUGAGAAAUGUACACAUGUUUCCUGGAGUGCCAAGUCUUUUGGAAAAAGCAUUUAUAAUGCUGGGGCACCUUUUUCAGAAUCCAAAUGUCCAGUUUUACACUGAUGAUCUGUAUGUGAACAAGGAUGAAGCAUCCAUUGCAGCAAGCAUUGCACAUGUAGCAGAGAAGUACAAAGAUACUGUUGCAAUCGGAUCUUAUCCAGAUCUUAUAAACAGCUAUUACAAGGUCAAGCUGACUUUGGAGUCAAUGAAUGUCAAAAGUUUGCAAGAAGCGAGAAAAGAACUUUAUGAAAGCAUGCCUGCAGGUACUGUUAUUGAUUAUGAAAAAGACCCAGUUGGCUCCGCUGUGGCACGAGUCUAUACAAUAGUUGAUGACCCGGUUGCUGGUGACCCCUUCACAGUUUGUGUCAGAAAUGCUGUUGCAACACUAGAACGUGCACUUGAAAUGUAUCAAUUGUCAGAAAUUUGUGUAGGUUUUAACGGAGGUAAAGACUGUACAGUUAUGCUUCAUCUGUGGUAUGCAGUAGUGAAAAAGAAGUUUCCAGAUUAUAAUGAAAAAUUACAAGCACUGUACAUUAGAAGUCGCUACCCAUUUCCAGAAGUAGAGAAGUUUGUACAGCUGUCCAGAGACAGGUACAAUUUACAAAUGAUACACUACGAUGGCAGAAUUAAGGAAUGUCUAGCAACUUUGAAAGUGAAACAUCCUCAGAUGAAAGCUGUGAUUAUGGGAACACGGAAGACUGAUCCAUGCUCAGAUCAGCUGAGGGAAUUCUCAAUGACGGAUGCAGACUGGCCACAGUUGAUGCGCGUUAACCCUCUGCUAGAGUGGCACUACAAACAUGUUUGGCAGUUUUUACGACAGCUGUGUCUACCAUACUGCAGUCUGUACGAUCGCGGAUACUCCUCGCUUGGUAGCAUGGACAACACUCAUCCAAACCCAUUGCUCCAGUACAUUGAUGAGAGAGGAGUACUUGCUUUCAGACCUGCAUAUCUGUUGGAGAACGGUGAACGGGAGAGAGAUGGCAGAAAUAAGUGA